AUGGCCAUGGCGGGCACGGGGAAACAGCCGGACAACAAUGACGACGCUCCUCCCACUCCACAGAGACCGGUGUCUUCCUUACUGUCUCAUUUUGAGAAUCUUUCUCACCGCAGAGCUCCCUCUGCUGUAGCUGCUAGCCCGCGCACUUCUACAACCCAUUUACUGGCAACUCCGGAGCCUAGCGAUGAGCUCCGAUCCUCCAGCCGUGCCUCACUCGAUUUGCCCCGACCACAUUCCCCAUGGACCCCGGCUGAGGAUAGACCAAACCCUGAGAACUCCCGGGAUCGUGGGUUCUCCGGUAGACGAUAUGGCCGGCCUAUCUCUAUGAACUUCCAUCGAUCAUCGCCACAGCUACCGCCAACCUUGACAGUACAGUCGCCCCAAUCGCCGCCCCGCGUACAAGACCGUGAUGAAGUUUCGACUCCGUAUGGUGACAGCCGCAAGACUCGGAGUCCAGGCCAUCGCCCACGAGAAUCGAUGUCUGUGUCGCCGGCACCGCCUCGCCCGCUCUCCCCGAUACCAAAGUUCGGACCGUCCGUUAAUGCAGAGGAUACGAUGCCUCGGGUGUCGCCUGGAUCUCUCCGCGUCAAUCACACUGGGAGCUCGACGGACCGGAAAUUAAAAAGCGCCUCGUUGCCACCCCCAGCUAACCGCGCACCAAAGCCCAAAAUCCCGGCGAAACCGGCUAUGUUCUCUCACCCGGAUAGCAGCUCGUUGAAUCCUCCACCAGGACGAGCAUCACCCGAUCGAAGUGUUUCACCUUUUAGCACCCCUCCUGGUAGCCCGGAGAAGAAUAUCGCUAAGCCCCCAUCUACUGGGAAGAGCAUUGCUAAGCCAGCACCAGCUCGGCCAACGACAGAGCCACCGACUCGACGUUCAUUCGACGAGCGAUCACCUGUUCCGUCUGCGAACGCCAGGCGUGACGCUAGAGAGAUGGGAUUCUCGAGGAUCCCUCCUGGUCCAGAGCCCUCACGGGCCUCCAAGCCCUUGAUGGUGCAGAUUCCAUCUGCUCCCGUAGAUGCUCCUAUCUCUUCUGCCAGUGCUACCCCUCUUUCGGCGCAGAGAUCUCGAGCCAGUGAUAUUCCCUACGACCGCCCAGGGCUUCCCCCUCGACCUUUGGGGGCUUCUCGCCGUAGCGGAGUCUCUCCCGCGCGAGAGUCUCCCAGGCAUAUAAGCAGCCCUGCGCAGCUGACGCCUCUUGCCAGAUCCGCGCCUUCUUUCCCGCGUGUUAGCGAAUCCUCAGCGCCCAAACCGAUCCAGCGCCAACCCUCUCUACCUCGUGAAUCUCACCUGUCUUCUUCUCUCCCUGAGCGGCGCGUCCUAACCGUCGACCCCCCACGCUUCAAAACUGGACCGAAAGAUAUUCUAACGAAGUAUGAUACCCGCUUACUGGCCGUGUGUGGCAAGUAUGUGUGCACGACUGGGUAUUUGACUCGGGUGUGGGAUCUUACAACUGGUGACCAAGUGAUGAGUCUCAGUCAUGGCGAGACCGUGAAGAGUUUGUCUCUUGCUUUCAAACCAGGGAAAGGUCUUGAAGAUGAGGGCGAGCGUAUCUGGCUUGGUACCAGCGCUGGAGAUCUCCACGAAGUUGAUAUCCCGAGCCAAUCCAUCGUGGCCACCCGCGCAUACCCCUCUCGCCGAGAAAUCAUUCAAAUUUUACGACACAAGAAAGAGAUGUGGACACUUGAUGACGAAGGCCGACUACUUGUUUGGUUACCAGACGAGACAGGCACACCCAACUUGCAAUACAGCUACCACAGCCCCUCCGAACGUGUAGCCCGAGGCCAUACAUUCUCCAUGGUAGUUGAUGACAAGUUGUGGCUCGCAGCAGGAAAAGAUGUCCAUGUGUAUCGCCCCAGCGCAAAGGAUGAUGUCCCGUUCAAGGUCUUCAAACGACCUCUCGGUCUUCAACACUCGGGCGACGUGACUUCAGGUUCCUAUACCACGCGGGAUGGAGGCCGGGUAUAUCUGGGACACGCAGACGGCAAGGUUACUGUGUACUCGUCAGCCGAUUUUACUUGCUUGGCGGUGGUCAACGUCAGUGUGUAUAAAAUCAACUGCCUUGGAUUUGUCGGAGACUAUCUUUGGGCUGCGUAUAAAACCGGAAUGAUCUACGUCUACGAUGUGUCCACCAACCCCUGGACCGUGAAGAAAGACUGGCGUGCCCAUGAUAGUCCUGUAUCUAGCUUCGUGUUAGACAUGAGCAGCGUAUGGACCAUGAACCGCCUGCAGGUGACCUCGCUCGGCACUGAUAAUUGCAUUCGCCUCUGGGACGGAAUGCUCGAGGAUGACUGGUUAGAUGCGCGGAUGCAGGCCAGAGACGUGGAGUUCUGCAACUUCCGAGAAAUCAAGGCUGUUGUCUUGACUUGGAAUGCUGGAGCUGCUACCCCUGGCAGUGUUCGAACGUCGGAUUUCAUCCGAAAUGCAGUCACCCCGAAGACCCACCGGAGAUCGUGGUAUUUGGGUUCCAGGAAGAGCUUGCUGCUUGGCAGUAAAAAGAAAGAGAACGGUGAGAAGGAACACAUGAGUCGUCAGUAUCGAGUGUGGAUCGAUCAUCUUUCCCGUUCUCUUCACGAAUGCAUGCCUCUCGAGGAAUCCUACGUUCUUUUGCAUACUGCGAACAUGGUCGGACUGUUUACUUGCGUUUUCGUCAAACACAAGGAACGCCAUAAUAUCAAAAACGUCAAUGCUUCGGAGAUUAAGCGCGGGAUGGGCGGUUUACAUGGGAACAAGGGUGCCCUUGUCUUGCGCUUCGUCCUGGACGACAGCUCGAUAUGCUUUGUAAACUGCCAUUUGGCGGCCGGCCAGACUCAGACGGCAAACCGAAACAACGAUAUUGCUGCUAUCUUAGAGGCCGAAUCCCUGCCUGUGGAAAAUAGCAUGACCCUGCGGACAGAUCAGUUCACCAGUGGUGGCGAUGGCUCAAUGAUCAUGGACCAUGAAGUGUGCAUUCUGAACGGAGACCUGAACUACCGAAUCGAUGCAAUUCCUCGUAAUGUGAUCAUCGACGCAGUUCGCCAGAGCAACCUACCGAAACUCCUGGAUCGAGACCAGCUACUCGCUUCCCGGCGGAAGAACCCCGGCUUCCGCCUGCGUGCUUUCACCGAGUCACCCAUUACCUUCGCCCCGACCUACAAGUACGAUGUCGGCACGGACGAUUACGACUCUAGUGACAAGAAACGCUCUCCCGCCUGGUGCGACCGCAUCCUCUACCGUGGCCUGGGCCGCGUCAAGCAACUCGAUUAUCGGCGACAUGAGGUCCGCGCCUCCGACCACCGGCCGGUCAGUGCGGCAUUUAAGAUCCGUGCUAAGACCAUCCUAAAUCAAGAACGGAACGCAGCGUGGGAGGCGUGCAACAAGGAGUUCAAUGAUGAGAAGCGCCGCUUGGCUUCCGAAGCUAGCAUCGAGUAUCUCAUUACUGUUCUCGGCACAGAUCCCCGUCAGGCCCGUGCCUUGAUAUUGGGAAAGCAAUAG